GAAGAACAUGGACCCCUCAACUUAGAUGAUGAAAUUCUGAUCGGGGAGUACAAAAAUUUCCCAGAGGAAACUCAAAGGAUGGUAGAAGCAUCCGGUGGACUAAAGGAUUUUCUCUUGGAGUCGUUAUUGUUUUCUAUGGAAGGAGACAUGGUUACGCUAACAGGUUAUGACCUUCCAUACUUGGAUCAUGAUGGAAGUGGACACCAACUGAACCCAACUGCUGAGGAGUUCCAGCCUUCAUUCUGUACACCUUUACCCGAUGAUAUUGACCUGUAUUCGGACUCCAGUCAAUUUAAACCUAAACAUUUUAGUUCCAGAACAGCUGAUGCCAGUCACCCUUCAAUCCAACAUAGUGAUAUAACCUUUAAUUAUAAUGAAUAUUCCGAUAUAUGUAAUAAUCUUGAUCACCGAACUUUUGACUCGUCUGACAAUCCCAACUCUGAUAUAGACCAGGAACAUGAUGAUGAUGAUUUUACGAUUUCAGAUAGCAUAUUUGACAGUGACUCUGAAUCAUCUUCUAUAGAUCAGGAUAUAACACCAAGUGAAAAUACAUCAGUAAGCCAAGAAAAUCUUCAUACAGAUCAGCUGGACUCUACUAUUAAUCAGUCCCUUGGCAGUGAAAGCCAGCCAAGGAAUAAACGCACCGCUAUAGUAUCUGUACAGGUAAAUAUAGAAAUGUCACAUUGUGAAGUAAAUACAGAUGCCUUUCAUCCCUUUGAGUCUCAACAGGGGGAUAUUUUGCGUAUGGAAAAGGAGCAGACAGCACUAAUAGAGCAACUGAAAGAAGCAACUGAGAAAUAUGAGAGCUUGAAGAGCCGCUGCCAGGAGGAGAUAGCUGUCCUAGAAGAGGAGAUAAAGCAAUCUGUAGAGUGUAGCAAGGUUGCAAAAUUGGACCUGAAUUUGAUUCAGCAGGAUUAUGAAAAUAAGGCCAAGAAAUGGCAUCAAGAGAAGAAGGAAAACCAGGAGAAAAUUAAGUCUCUUAAAAAUAAUAUUAAGAUGACUACAGAUGCCAGUGACAGGUGUUCUAGAAGCAUUGAAGAAAAGAAAAAACAGUAUGAAUUUUAUAUAAAGAAUUUUGUCAAGACACAUUACAGUAAAUUUGAUAAAGAAAAAGCAGCACAGGAGAAGCAUAUAAAGAAGUGUGAGGAGGAAUGGGAUGAGACCAGACAGAGGGCCAUUGCUGCUGAGGUGAUUGUGCUGGAGAACAAGAAGCAGUGUGAAUUGUUAAAGAUGAGGAUCAAAGUUGCCACUGUAGAUCGGAACAUCAGCAUGUUUAAUCCUGUAGUCAUGAGUAAUCCAGCACCUCACAUAAUGCUGCAAUUACGGGAAAUGGAGUCUUUUAAAUUAAAGCUGAAGAAGGAGAUGGAAACCUUAGAGGCUCAGUUUGAUGAGAAAAUCACCUCUGCGAAAAGUUGUUUGAAACUAAACAAUAUCUCUGAGAUGUCUGUGGCCAGUCACCAGAGCCCAUCCAGCGCCCAUGAGCCACAGAUUCAGUCUCCACCAAACCAAACUCAAGUCUCAAGCAGUCCCUCUCCAGACCCUGUGUGUGCUAAACCUGCUAACUCUAUGCCUGCCAAAUCUCCAGGGAAGAAGACCGCAGCUAGUAAAAAGGUCCAAGCUAAAGAAGCAAAGAAGACUUCCACGCGUCCUGCAUCUAAUAGUAAACCUAAAAACCAGCCACCUGCUCCUUCAUCCAAUAAGAGUACAGCUGGCCAAGACAAAAAAUCACAUGGGCAGUCUGAACCAACACUACCAUCUCCUGCAAAACCAACAUUGUUUGAUAAGAUUAUCCACGAGCUUCAUGAUAUCUUCCCUCACUAUAAGCAUGCUGAACUCACCGCCUUCAUCAAGGACUUUAGAGUUCGAAAUAAUGGGACUCUUUCUGGGCUUACACAUGAAGAUAUCAUAAGCCGGGUUACGGAAUACAUACUGGACAUCCAAGCAAAAAACCCAACGUCACCAUCACCAAUCCCAGCUGUACUUAAAGCAGGACCUGCAAUGCCUCAGCCAGCCGCGCCCCAGGCUAAGCAGCCAUGGAAAGUGGUAAACUUGGGAAACAAGAACAAGUGGCAGAAUGAUAUGGAGUCCUUUAAUGAAGACCCCUGUAUAAUCUGUCAUGAUGAGCUGAAGCAGUAUCCUGUGCACAAGCUGGACUGUGGUCACUACUUCCACAAGCACUGCAUUAAGACGUGGCUGAACACACAGAGUACGUGUCCAACCUGCCGAGAGCAUGCUUUGCUACCAGAAGACUUCCCUGCCCUGUCUGGGAGAAUGAGGACCGUGUAA